AUGGAUUAUGAAAUGUAUGAAGGUUUUGAAGAAUUUUUAUUAGCGGAUGCAGCAGAUAAAAGUGAAUCAGCAAAUCAAGUCAUUCAUAAUCAACUAGAAAUAGUUGAUGCAACACAUAAUGAAAAUGAACCAUUAGAUGCAAUGAUUCAUAAUCAACUACAACCUGUUGAUUCAAUUGUUGAAGAAUGUACUGAAGACGAGCUUGAUAUUAGUGGUAGUCUAAUUGGUGUGCAAAAGAAAACAAUUGAGGAAUUGUAUGAAUUGUACCGUCUGCAUUCUGGAGCAUUGGGUUUUAGCAUUAGGAAGUAUACAUCUAGGAUUGGUAGGGUUGAGGGAAAUGUGUAUUUAACGAAGGAAAAGUACUUUGUUUGUUCGUGUCAUGGAAAAUCGGAUGGUCAAAGUGAUUUUGUUUCUGUUCCGGAUGUUGUUGUUGAUGAGGAUGGCAAUGAGAGAAAGCGGAAGCAACGGAGGGUUAUUGUUACAAAGACGGGGUGUAAUGCAAUGAUGAGGGUGAAGUUAAAUGAUUCGGGGAUGUAUGAAGUUAUUGGUCAUGUGCUUGUGCAUAAUCAUGAGCUUACACGUACUGAGUGGCAACAUUACCACCGUUCAGAAAGGGCCAUUAGGGAUGGCAAAGUGAAAGAAAUUACUGUUAUGACAGAAGCAUCAAUGCGUCAUGCUGUGCAAUAUCGAUAUGAAUGUCACCAAUAUGGUGGUGCAGAGGCCCUUGGUCACACUUCUCGUGACCACUACAAUUUUGUGAAUAGGCUAAAGAUGAAGGCAAUUGAAGGAGGUGAUGCACAAGUUGUCAUCGAUAAGCUUAGCCAAAGGGCUACUGAUGAGGAUGACUUUUUUUAUAGGGUUAAAUUGGAUAGCAUGGGUAGGUUGUGUAAUGUGUUUUGGCGCGAUUCUAUGAUGAAGGAUGAUUAUGAAUUGUAUGGAGAUGUUACUGUUUUUGAUACCACUUAUCGUACAAAUAGGUAUAAUUUGAUAUGUGGUGCAUUUGUGGGUAUAAACAAUCAUUGGAAGAAUAUAAUGUUUGGGUGUUGCUUUUUGUCGGACGAGACAAUUGAUACAUUUGUUUGGCUCUUUGAGGUUUUCAAGAAAUGUAUGGGUGGAGUUUGUCCUGUAUCAAUAUUUACAGACCAGGAUCAGGCCAUGAGCAAUGCUUUGUCUCAGGUGUUUCCUAACACGAGGGCGAGGCUAUGCCAGUGGCAUCUUUAUCAGAAUGCAGUUAGUCACUUUGGGACUUUGAAGAGUGAUGACACAUUUUCCGAUGCUUUUAAGAAAUGUCUUCGUGGUUGUUAUGAUAGCGUUGAGUUUGAGGCAAGUUGGGAUUAUAUGAUGAAGAAGUAUGGCCUAGAAGGAGACAAGUGGUUUGCUCGUUUGUAUCAGUUGAAGGAUAAGUGGUCCACAGCAUUGAGUAAGGACUUCUUCUCAGCUGGAAUUUUGUCUUCCCAACGUAGUGAAAGUACUAAUAAUGCUAUAGGCUUUCAAGCUUCCAAGACAACAAGCUUGUAUGAUUUUUUUGGUAUGUUUCAAAAUACUAUUUCACGAUGGAGACAAACUGAAACCAAUGAUGAAUUUGUUGAUUCUAAAUCUGUCCCUAAGUCUUAUUUUCCUAUGACGGGUAUGUUGAGACAUGCUAGUCAAAUUUACACAGCUACAAUGUUUAGGGAUUUUGAGCAAGAAUUUGGGUAUUCUUUGGGUACUAUUUGUGAGUUGUUGACUAUGGAUGACACAAUAUUAGUUUAUAAAGUGUGGCCUGAGAAGCAUCCACAACGGACACACCAAGUCACUUUUGAUUGUGUCAACAAGCGGUGGAAAAAGUUUGCCAAAACAGAAGUUUGGGACCGUUUGAAGCAACAACGGGUGAACAUGUCAUCACUAACGAAAGAUUGCAUUCCUUGGCGAUUUCAAAUGUCUAGGGUGUAUAACAAUCUCAUCAUAAGAAGUCAUGAUAAUGAAGAGGCAAGGAAGAUAAUGGAGAAGGGUUAUAUGCGUGAUCUUGCUGAUGUGCUGACUGUUUUUGCAAAUAUUAACUUAGGUGAUUCAGAAUCAGGUGUUGGAGAAUCAACUGCAUCAAAUUCCUCUACCAUUACUGUUUUUGAUCCUCCUUGGGUUAAAACGAAAGGAAGAAGUGUGAGGCCGAAGAGUGGAAUUGAGAAGAGCAAGAGGGGCAGAGGUCGUGGGAAAUGUGUUUCAAAUGUUGCAAAGGAGUUUGGCUCUUACACUCCACCUGCAAGAUUAUUUUGA